GCCAGGGCGUCCAUGGCAACGCGGGCGGGCCGCCUCCGCCCCGCCGGCAGGGGGCGCCCUCGCCCCGCCCGCCCGGCUUGUGCCCAGCCUACCGCGGCCCGGCCAGGUUCCCUCCCGAGCCCCGCCCCGGGCGUGGCGGGGGGCGCCGGCAGUGCGGGGCGGUGCGGGGCGGUGCAGGCCCCGCCCGCCCCAGCCUCUCGGGGCAGGGCCGUGCCGUGCCGGGCCGUGCCGGGCCGGGCCGGGCGGGGGCGGUGCCGGUGCCCGCCGGGGCGGCGGGAUGGCCGCGGCGCGGAGCUCCCGGGGCGGAGGCAGGAGCAGGAGGCCGUAGGCGCGCCCGCCCGCCCCGCAGCGCGGCGGUGCCGGCGGCGGCGGGAGGAGGAGCGGCGCCCUCGGCGGCGGCGGCGGAGCCAUGGGGCACCCGCCGCUGGAGUUCAGCGACUGCUACCUGGACAGCCCCGACUUCCGAGAACGGCUCAAGUGCUACGAGCAGGAGCUGGAGCGGACCAACAAGUUCAUCAAGGAGGUUAUUCAUCGGCAGUACAGAAAUUCUCGCAGACUUUGCAGUCCUUUCAGUUCGACUUUAUUGGAGACACACUAACGGAUGACGAGAUCAAUAUUGCUGAGUCCUUUAAGGAGUUUGCAGAGCUGCUCCAAGAGGUAGAGCUGGAGAGGUCCAUGAUGGUACAAAACGCUAGUGAUUUACUGAUCAAACCUUUGGAAAACUUUCGGAAGGAGCAAAUAGGGUUCACCAAGGAAAGAAAGAAAAAGUUUGAGAAGGAUGGUGAGAAGUUUUAUUCUAUGCUGGAUCGCCAUUUGCAUUUGUCUUCCAAAAAGAAGGAGUCCCAGUUACAGGAGGCUGACCUUCAGGUUGACAAAGAGAGACACAAUUUCUUUGAGUCCUCCCUCGAGUAUGUGUACCAGAUCCAGGAAGUUCAAGAAAGCAAGAAAUUCAGUAUUGUUGAACCGGUGCUGGCUUUUCUCCACAGCCUCUUUACUUACAACAACCUGACAGUUGAGCUCACGCAGGAUUUCCUCCCUUAUAAACAGCAGCUUCAGCUCAGCCUGCAGAAUACAAGGAAUCAUUUUUCCAGCACACGGGAGGAGCUGGAAGACCUGAAGAAGAGGAUGAAGGAAGCCCCCCUAACCUGCAAGCUACCUGGGCAGCCGACCAUUGAGGGCUAUCUGUACACUCAGGAGAAAUGGGCACUGGGCAUCUCCUGGGUGAAAUACUAUUGCCAGUACGAAAAAGAGGCAAAAACCUUACGGAUGACGCCCAUGGACCAGAAGCCUGGAGCUAAGCAAGGCACCUUAGACCUGACACUGAAAUCCUGCGUAAGGAGAAAGACUGACUCUAUAGACAAAAGGUUUUGUUUUGACAUCGAAACUAACGAAAGGUCUGGGACCAUCACGCUGCAAGCACUCUCAGAAGCCAAUCGAAGGCUGUGGAUGGAAGCCAUGGACGGGAAGGAGCCGAUCUACCACAGUCCCAUCACAAAACAGGAAGAAAUGGAGCUGAACGAGGUCGGCUUCAAGUUUGUACGGAAGUGCAUCAACGCAGUGGAAACGAAAGGCAUUACUACGGAGGGCAUCUACCGGACUGUUGGCAGCAAUAUUCAGGUGCAGAAGUUGCUGAACGCCUUUUUUGAUCCGAAAUGCCCAGGGGAUGUGGACCUCCAAAGCGGCGACUGGGACAUCAAGACGAUUACCAGCUCACUGAAGUUUUAUCUCAGGAACCUGUCUGAACCCGUCAUGACAUACAAGCUCCACAAAGAGUUGGUCCUGGCUGCCAAAUCUGAGAACCUGGACUACAGGCUGGGAGCCAUUCAUGCGCUGGUCUAUAAACUACCUGACAAGAACAGAGAGAUGUUAGAGCUCCUCAUACAACACCUUGUCAACAUAUGUGAGCACAGCCGAGAGAACCUGAUGUCACCGUCUAACAUGGGGGUGAUAUUUGGACCUACCCUCAUGCGAGCCCAGGAGGACACCGUGGCAGCGAUGAUGAACAUCAAGUUCCAGAACAUAGUAGUUGAGAUCCUCAUCGAGCACUUUGGGAAGAUCUACUCUGGCCCCCCAGAAGACACCACCGCACCGCCGGUGCCUCCUCCCAGGGUGGCUGCCCGGCGGCACAAACCCAUCACCAUUUCCAAACGGCCUCUGAGGGAAAGACCCGUCUUCUUUGGUGCUUCCGUGGAAGAAAGCGGAGCAGACCGGCACGGCCAGACCCCCAACGGCAGUGGCAGCCUCGGCGCGGAGGUCCCCAAGCCGCUGCACCGCAGCCGCCUGCCCGCGCCCCGGCCCGGGGGGGACGAGCCCGGGCGUCCCCCCACCGAGGGCCGGCCCGACCUGCGUGCGGAGGCGGAGGUGGGGAAGCUGGUGGCCAGGCUGCAGGACGGAGCAGCAAAGCCGACCAGCAAGGCUGCCAACGGGGUGGUGGCCAGCCCUGCCCUGAGGACCUCCACGCUCCAGGCCAAGAGACCAGCUCCCCGGCCCGGGAUCUACGGCAGAGAGGGCGAUUAUGACGGUGUCCCUAAGCCACGACCCCAUGGCGAUAAGCCCGUGAUAACGCGUCCCCCUGUGAGACCUCCAGACCCACCGUGCAGGACUCCCGUCCCUCCGAGGCUGGAGCAGAGGCCGGACCUGAUAGCAGGAACAGCAGAAGAGGUGCCUUCAUCCGUGGUAGCCUCUAGGACAAAGUUCUUUGAGACGGCUUCCCGAAGAACAAGCAAUUCUUCAUCACCACAAGGCAGGAUCCCAGGUGAUGAGAGCUGAGGCUAAAGGCUUUGUAACCACCUCAGCCCAGCUAGACCCAGGAGAUUUUCUGUGCUUGUGAAACGGACAUGUCACAGCUAAGACUUUUGCAGUUCCAGUGCCCCUGGGGAGCAGCUAAUUUCAGAGCAUGGACAGUAAUUUCAGAGCAUGCUGUCAUAAGUGGCUCAAGAAAUGAGAAGAGAGGGAGAUACUGAUGGAGAGAAGACCCUACCCAGAUGUUUGUGUUGAACUGUUCCCAGUCCUUCGGCCUCUCCUCUCUGCACAGGCUGCGAAGGACGCUCGCAUGUGCCCUUGCAGGUGACGGGCAGCGUUUGCAGGGCUGGGCGAGCGCCAGCAGCGGCAGCGCUGGGCAGAGCCAUCCAGCCGACGGGCUCUGGAAGGGUCAGCGGAGGACGGGAGUGGCCGUUCACCUGCUCACUUUUUGGGAAAUGCACCUUGGCAAGGGUGACCUUGGGCAGGCGAUGGAAUCGAAAGGGAAGGGGCUGACUCCCCGUGCUUGGAUGCAAGGGUAGAAUGACUGGAGUUUGGCUUGGCCCCCCUUGCCAUGAGAAGCUCCUUCCUUUAUGUUAAGUUUUCCUCGCUCAGUAAGCUAUACUGUGUUUUUUGGUGUGUAGGAGAGCAGUGUACGCUGCUGGAAAUGCUGCUUGUGCAAAGACAGGCAGGACAGAUGCGGCUGUGCCAGGGGGCUUUGCCUGAGCACGACCACAUCCCCUGCCUGCCGGUCGGCUUUCCGGGCAGCGCCGGUCGGGUCAGCAGCCUCCGAGAGCACAGCUGGGAGAAGGAGGCAGCAGGCAUUCCUCCUCCUUCUCCUCCUGCUCCUCCUCCUCCUCCUCUUCCUCCUCCUCCCACCUGAGCCACCCUCCCUCCACAUCCACUUCCCACAGGCCCACCAAGAAGUCUCUGUCCUGGAGUGUCUCUGGUGGCCAGCACAGAGGUGGCGAGGAACUGAAACUCGCUGAAUAUGGGUCAAAGCCCUCCACUUCCCUAAGAGGCACCCAGUUGCUUGUUUGCUUGUUACGUUAAUUUCCCAUCCAAGAGAUGUCCAGUCUCUCUUCCUCAGCAGUGGCUGUGUAGAUGAUGCCCUUUGGUCUGGAAGGGUUUCUCCUAGCCAGGACCGCCCCUAGUACCCCUGUUAACAGUAGAGGCUUAUUUGUGCUUCCAGCUGACACCAGGGCUCAGUUCCUGAGCAUUUACCUGUAAAUAGGUGAUGAGCGGCUUUCCUGCUUCCUCUCACCAGCCCAAAGGCGGCUUCCCUGUUUUGAAUGAUUUUCCUUGGGUGCUGGGAGCAUUCCCAAACCAGUGGCCAAACAUCCCCAGUAGCUGCUUCCCAAGUGCGCUUUGUGCCCUGCCCGGCGUGGGUUUGCUGGCGGGUCCCAGCACUUGCCGUGCGCGCGCAUCCCGUGCCUGUCUGCUUUAUUGCUGAAUGUAACGCUGGCGCUGGCGGGACGCGCGCAUGUCGUCUCAAUGGUGCUCCCGCUCCCUCGGGGUCGGCGGUACCCCGGCUGCUCCUGCUUUGAACAGUGGCACGUAAAAGUGGCUUUAAAAGAAAGAAGCAAACAUCAAACCUGCGGUAACCCCUGGGCUGUAUUGCGCACGCCGGCCUCGCAGGGCUUUUCGAAGCUACGGUGAGCCCUUUCUGCUGCACCUUCUCACGAGUGGCUGGGAGGUGCGAGCAGCACCAAAACAAAGCACAUAGGGUUUUUGGGAUAAGGUAUCUGAGAGCUGCGAGCCAGCGAGACCAAAGGAGGGAGGGAGGUGUCCUGACCAGCCCAGAAUUGCUGGGGAAGCCCCUCCAGCAGCCCACAGGCUCAGCUGCAGGCAGUCCAGCCCCUGGUCUCUCGCUGCGCGCUGGUGCCCGAGCCUGCCCUUCGGUGGCUUCGGCACCUCCUGGGGUGGCUGUCCCAGAGGCACCAGGUUCCUCCACAGAAGGCCAACGUUCCCCUAAACGCCUUCCCCUCCCGGGGCUGUGCUUUGAGGACAGCUCGGGGUUGUCGGUUUGGGAAGCGCCUGGGCUUCUGUGGGUGUGGGUGGCGCUGGCGGCGGCAGCCCCAGCACCACGCGUGGAUGCCAGGCGGUGCCCACCCCCUCGGAACGGGGGCCGUCGCAUCCCCUGCGCUGCUCGUGCACCGUCAGCCUCGCGCUCGCUGCCCGGCGCGGACCUGCAGGGCUGCGCUGGGCUCCGUGGGAAGGAGGAAAUCCGAGGGGGGUUUAAGUUUGACAUGUGAACAAUGGAGGGAAGCAGCUUAUUAGAAACAUAUUUCAUUGUGUCCUUUUAAAGUCAUUUGUCGCAUAUGUGUCUGUGCUGGGUUUCCCUCCUCCAUGCACGCAGCCGAGCGCCAGGGACCAGUGGCGGAGUGGCUGUAGGGUGUUCGGUUGUGCUGGUGGAGGGCUGCGGGGCACAGUCCCUGCUGCCAGUGCCACAGCCAGGAGCGUGGGAUUUGCCCCAUGCAGCGUGCCAGGGCCCCUGGCCAUCAGCCCUCGGAGCUGUUUUGUCAUGUAAAAGCCUAGAUUACUUCAACUGUUUAUAAAGUUUCCAUGAAGUAAAAAAAAAAAAAAAAAAAGAGCCUAAGCGUGCUGUUUUUCUACUUCAACCAAUGUUCCAGUGUGGCUCCGCUGUGCAGAUGCCGCUGCCCGGGUCCCGCGGGCAGCGCAGGGCCCGUCCCAGCACCCCGGGGUCGCCGCUGGCCCCCUGCGCGUGCGAGCAGGGCGCGCGAGCGUGGCGCGGGGCCGCCGGUGUGCGCGGGGCCGGGUCGUUCUGCCUGGCACAGGGAGGCACAUUUGACAGCACGUGUUCUUUAAAUGUUUUCUCAUGUUUAA